GAGGUCAAAGUCGGCAAGUUGUGCGUACCAGCGCGACACACACGGACUAAAACAGGCGCUAUUUUGGAAGUGCGCUAUGACUUGAGUCCUGAGGCUUUCUCGUUGUGGUUGGGGUUCGUGAAGGAGGUGUUAGCAGACCGGCUAAGUUUGGGAAGUGGGGAAGAGAAUAGGGGCGCAGAACGGCUGAGCCGAGAGCUUGUUACACACCUAUGCGCCUAAUAGCAGAUGAGUGAUGGAGGCAAGAGAGUUGUACGUGGUAGCUGGAAGCUUUAUUGGUUUCCAGCUGUUUUUCUCCAGCGUCAGCCCAUUGGUGUCGUCUACUCUGACACAGGGCUAUGCCAAACUCCCACCGCACAAACUCAACGAGUGGAACUCAAGGCUUGUGUCCACAGUUCAUGCCUUAAUUGUUGGACUUUUUUGCCUCUACAUUCUGUGGUUUGAUGAUGCUGUCAACGAAGAUCCCGUUUGGGGGGAUCCCAAUUUGGUAAAGCUUAAUGUCGCCAUAACCUGUGGCUACCUGCUUUAUGACCUUUUGCUGCUAGCUUGUAACUGGAGCACUAUGGGAGACAGCUUUUUUGUGUGUCACCACUUGGCGGCGCUCUACGCAUAUGGAUAUGUGCUGACACGUGGGGUGCUUCCAUAUUUUGCUAACUUCCGUCUCAUCUCGGAAUUAUCAACACCUUUUGUGAACCAAAGGUGGUUCUUCGAGAUGCUGGCCUACCCUCGGUCUCACCGACUAGUGGUGACCAACGGUGUGGCCAUGGCCAUUGUAUUUUUUUUGGUGCGUAUCGCUGUGAUGCCGCCAUACUGGGCUAGAGUAUUUGGCACCUUUGGGACGCCGGCCUUUGAGAGGCUUGGCUUGGGUGCUCAGGUGGCCUGGAUCGUCUCCUGUGUGUGCCUGGAUGUGCUCAAUGUGGUGUGGAUGUAUAAAAUUGCCCGUGGCUGCUACAGGGUAAUCACAGGGAAAAGUGGCAAGAAGCAAGGUGUGAAGUCCACCUCCAAUGAGUCCAACAACCACAAUGUCAACAACCACACGGAUUAAAGACGGAAGGAGAAAGAAAGGGUAUGGAGGGUUUGCAUGGUGUUCUGGAGCGCGGAUUUAGAUUGCAGUAUUCUCAGCUGUACUGGGACAGUAUUAACUGCCUGAAAAAUGGAAUCAAAGGAAACUGUUUUUGUUUGAUAGAAAGUGAGGGUAAAGUCUAUUUUGUCCAUGUUUUGGUUACUCUGAACAUCUGCCUGGGUUGGUGAGCAUCAAGUGGCAUAAAAAACAUUCACAAGCAUACAGGAUCCUGCUUUAGCCACAAGUGCCUAAUGACCCACGGAUAAACAAGUGUACAUUUGCACGUGAUGAGCUUUUAAUUAUAGACAAUGAAAAUGGAUGUAUUACAGCUACCUGGUCAGGCUUCUUCGUUGAAUGUUAAACCAGCUUCUGUCAGAUGACCGCGAGAGGUCUUCCUUUUUACCUGGACACACCACUGUGCCUCCUAGCCACAGGUGUUCAUUUCUUCUCUUCAAACCGUCCACAGCAGUUGAAAUUAAGAGUAUUCUUUUUAUCUGAUUUUGAAUUCUCGUUCAUGUAUGUCUCCCUGUCUUCCUGUUGUUACAAAGCACAAGAAUUCUUUUAACUUUACAUUACAGCCACCUCUGUAUUCACUGAUCCAUCAGUAAAAGCUCAUUUCUACCUCUUGUCUUUAACAUCAAGACCCUAAUCAUUUUGGCAGUUCCUGUCAAGACGUGAAAUCGCUUAAAUACAGCAGGAUCUUCAUUAUGUUGCCCAAACCUUCUUAAACCUGCUUUUUGUCCUCACAUUUUAUAAGUGUACAUCUUUACAUCCUCACAUCAUUCUCUGUGUCUUUGCUUAUUAGGAGGAAAGAAACUAAACAAAGGUUGUGCAUGUGCCUUCUUUAAUACAACAGGUACAUCAUGGAUGUCUCCUUCAGGCAUGUUAGGAUCAUGCUUAUAUAUAGCAUGUACUCUGUGUGUAAGUGGUAUUAUUUAAGGUGGUAUUACUUCAGCAUUUUUCGAGCUCGAUCUUCAGCCCAGUCCUGUGAAAUGUUUCAGUCUGUCUCAAAAACAUUGAGGGCUAGAAAUACUAAGCCACAGUUUAUGGUCUUCAAUCAUAAUACACACUUCCUUCUCAAACAUUUCUAAUGAAGGGGUAAAUCAUGUGAAAAAUUAAAAGUAUUCACUCAACAGAGUGCCAAUAUUGGAAGUGUGUCUUUGCAAAUUAGUGGCAGGUUUAUUUACAUGUAACUUCUUUUGCUUCCCAAAUUUUAUAGGACAAAAUGUUCUGCUUUUAAAAUAGCAGUUUACAGAACUUUAUCCCAGAAUGCUUGUGUUUCAUUAAGGUUUUCUGAUAAAUGUGAACAUUUAGGUUUGUCUUGGUUUCUUUUGCCUUGCAGCUCUUCCAUAGAUACUUUUUUUGCUCAGUUUUCUUGAAAUGAUGAAAUUAUAAAUGCUGACCUUAUCUAAGUUGUUCAAUCAUUGCUGAGAUCAUCAGUGACUUUCUGGAGAGAUUUCAGUUGAAUAUCCACUGUGGUUUGCUGGAGUCUCAGGCAUUGAAAUGGCUUUGUAACUGAUAUAUUACACUAGUGUUCCUACUCCUCUCACCCAGAGUUUCUUUUGAUUGCGGCGUAUUGUUCGGCUUGGGAUAUUUUAGCUGACUUAACACUGCAGGAAAAAGUUCCAUUGUUAUGGUCUUUAAUUAAACAUGUGAACGUGAAUGAAAUUAGAAAAGGACAAAUACUUUUCUGGCACUGUAUCUCCUCUCUGAAAGAACUCUUGUGUUUGGAUGGCAAUGAUUUAUUGUGUAACAUGUGUUAUGACUGUUGUCUUACAUGCAUUAGUAUUUUGAAUAUAUGGCACAAUUUUGAAUUAUUUACAGUUAUGUUUAUUUAUUUGGAUUAAUAUCAUUACUGAACUGGCAGCAAUACAACUGCUCAAAUAUCAUUAAACUACUGCAUGAUAUUGAGGUAUAUUUGAAUACAAUUUACGCCUUUAUACACAAUCAUUAUAAUAGCCCUAUCAGUCUGUGAUCCCCUGGUUGAUUUAAAUAUGGGCAAUUCAUGAUUACAACAAUGAAAAAUAAAUGCCUUUAUAUAAUAUAACAAUAAAUAUUGUAUUCAUUUGGAGUAUGGGGAUAUAUUCCUAAUAAAAUUGCUGCUAAUUUUGUCCCACUGUUUAAUGCAGUGCUAUUUCAUGCUUAGUGUUAAAAUAUACUUAAAUUGAAAUCAGUAUUUUAGUCUCUGUGAAGGUUUUAAUUUUAAAGCUGUGUAUGGGCUUUCAUUUCUAAUUUUUAUUAACCGGCCAGGGUCACGGCAGGUCUGGUUUGACUGGGAAAAACAGGAAGCAGGUCAGGAACACCCUGGACAGGGUGUCGAUUUAUUGCAGGGUUUCGUCCCCAAUUGACACAGGCAAUCAUGUCUGUGUAGAUGCCCGGGCCAAUAGUACCUCUUUGAACCCGGAUCUCAGCGGUAGUGAGCUAGCAGAUAGUUCAUUGCCUUACACUUACUCAGCCUCUGACGGGCACUCGCUCAGACCUUUACAUUUUAAAGCUGUGACUGUGAUGAAAACAUUAUAAAUAAUUCUCGGGUUUUGUGUAGGUACUGUUCACUUAUAACUAGUGAUGCUGUUUGAAAUGAGCUUUGGUUGAUUGUUCAUUAAGUGUUUAAGCAUUUACAGAACAACAUUUAAAAAUUGCUGCACGUAGGCCUGUCAUGAUUGUGAACCUUUAGCUGAUUGUCAUACACAUAAUAUUAUAAGUCUGCUAUUAAUGUAAUAUACAUCAUAUCAAAAGCAUCCUGUUAUUGAUAUUAUACGUGUACGGUAAAGCCAAUAGUCAAUUUCUUUUCCCCUAACAUUAAAAUACAUUUGAAUUAAACUUAAAUUUGAGUUAUAUGUUUAAAGUAUUAUCGUGUUCAUCAUGCUGCAAUAAAUAUACAAAAUGGCCCAUAUAAUGUUUUUACUUUUCCAUUAGUGUUUAUUUAUUUGCAGUUCUUGAUCAUACAGAUCUUGUUUUAUAUUUGCCACUUUUUAAAAAGUUUUUCUAAUUAAAUUUGACCACUCUACUGGACUGUAGAUGACUGAAAAAAUGUGAUGUUGGAGAAGUUGCACAUUUGCUAUUUCUCUGUUGUAAAGUGACAAAGUGUUAAAGUCUUAUGUACUUUUAGUCAGCAUGUCUGUCCUUGCCCUAAUCUAUACCCUGCCACAAUUUGAUCCACAAUCAUUAUAGAGGAUUUUGGCUAUAUUACCUACACUGAUUCUGGGAAACCCAACUUAUGCGAUAUGGUUGUAAUUGUGACAGGCCUAUUUAUGUGCUGCUAUCAUUUUGUGCUGUUUUUUUUUUUACCUUCAUUCAGACACUGUUUACUGAGGUUUUGGGUGGAUUUGUGUUUGUCCACUUUUGGUUGAAGAUCACAAGUCACCGCUGGGGGUUUUCUAACUUUCUGUCCAGUUAUAGAUAGACAAUGCAUCAAUGCAAUGAAACCUCAUACAGUGUUUGGAUUGUAAUAUUUCAUGUCUUAUUGCACUGAGAGUGAAGUUUGGUUUGUGACAGAUUAUCAAUGAACAAAUACAGUAAACAAAUCUUUCUCUGACUAUCACCUGUAGGGUUUAUAUUGCUCUAACAUUAACAUAUCAGCUACUUCAUGACAAGAAUGGUACAACUGGAAUUCAGUAGGUGCACAUUUUGCACAGGGCAUUAGCAUCUCUAAUAUUUAAACAAUAGGUUUUUGAAAUAAAAAAGUGUCUGAUCCUUGAUUUUCUCUGGACUUUUUUAAAAGAAUGGUAUUUAAAUGCUGUCUUGCUGCAUGUAUAGAAUAGAAUAUACAAUUGAAUCAAUAUUAAUUUGUUGUAAUGAUUUUUAUUUGAUGCAAUCCUUUGUUGGGUCACAUUUUAUACAGAAAAUUCGAUUCUGAAAUGUCACUAGAAAGUAAAUUGAUGGAAAAUUGGUCAGAUGAAUUAAUGCCUGCAAUAAUAUGAACAUUUUAAUUAGAGAGUCAGAAUGGAAUGAUUAAUAUUAAUGUAGUUUGCUUUAUCAUAUUUUUUAUUGUCUUUUAAUGCAAUGCCAUGUAGAAUGUCCUAUUUGUUUUAGUGUAGAUAUUGGACAUAAAUAUGUACACUACAGUGGACACUGCAAGCCUUUGUUUUCAUACCCAUGUAGCAUGACAACAUAGCAGUGGUUGUGUAUUACUUGAAAGUGUAGCUCUUUAAUAAAUUUGAGAGCACUGGA